AUGGAUUCGGGCAGAUGUUUGAAAAGUUUGGAUAGGUUAUGGCGAAUUAACACUGUUCAUUUUUUAUGCCAAGACCCACAGGCACCUCCUCAACCACAAACUUCACAACCAGCAACACCAGCAACACCAUCGACACCUGCACCAACGACAAACACCACUCAAAAUCCAGCAGCAUCAAACACCACACAAAAUCCAGCAGCAUCAAAUUCCACACAAAUUCCAGCAGCAUCAAACUCAACUCCAGCACAAAUUCCAGCUAUUGCUUCAAGACCAAUAAUUAUUUUUACAGAUCAUCCGUUGUAUGGAAAAAUAGGGUUCAAUGUUACUUUUACUUGGAAAUAUGAUGGCCAAUUCGAUUUUUUAACAAAAUCUUUAGUAGCAGUAGCAGUAUAUAAUUCCAGUACAAAUAAAAACUGGACAAUUGAUUCAAACAUGUCAACAACUGCUACUAGUGCAACUUGGGUCACUUCAACAAUUGUUAAUCCUUCUUUAAUCGCAGGUCCAUAUAUGUUUGCAAUUUAUAAUGGAUCAGAUUAUUAUAGUGGAGGACCUGUUGCACCCCUCGCUCAAAUUGCCUUCACUAUGUAUCAACCUGGUGAAACGCCAACUUAUGUAGGACCUUCAAUAGGAUCCUCAAUAAAUAUUCCAACUUUAAUAACAUCUGGAAUUUCAUUGUUAACAAUAUUAUUUACUUACAUUCAAUAUAACGGUCAGUUAAUUUUGUAA